AUGGCUCCUCAUCCCGGGAGUGAGGCCGAAUAUCUUAAGGAGAAAGCAAGGAGAGACCUCCUGAAUCUUCUCGAAGGAGUCCGUGGGAAGAAGAAUCUUGUAGUUAGCAAGGACCUGGCCGGGCCGGUGGGCCUAUUCGUCAAGUUCUCCGUACUUCAAGAAUAUGGAGUAGAUCGAGUGUUUUUACUCGAGAAUGAGAACGUUGAUUCCUCUCAACGGAAUGUUGUAUUUCUGAUUCACGCAGAGAAACCAAACCAUGUACAAUCUGCUGCUGACCAAAUUAAAAGGCUGCAGAAUAAUGAAUCAAAUAUCGAACAUGAAUUUUCCGUAUUCUGGGUACCACGACGUACUUUAGUGUCUAAUCAGAUUUUGGAAGAAGAGGGCAUCAUAGGUGACAUAAACAUUGCGGAGUUCCCUUUGUACUUCCUGCCACUUGAAAAUGAUGUCCUUUCCUUGGAACUGCCGGAUUCAUUCGCUGAUUUAUACCUGGACCAUAACCCCCAGCCAAUUUACCUAUCAGCCAAGGCCUUAAUGCAAAUUCAAUUACGACACGGCUAUUUCCCACGAAUUGUUGGGAAAGGAGACAAUGCUCGAAAAGUCGUUGACCAGUUGCUUCGAAUGAGGAGAGAAUUAGAUGCCGAUGGCGGCCUGGGCGGCUCUGGAGGCAAGCUCAUGGCGAGCAAUACGAUUGAGAACCUGAUCAUAAUUGAUAGAGAUGUAGACUUUGCUACAGUUUUAAUGACGCAACUGACUUAUGAGGGCCUUGUGGACGAACUAUUUGGUAUUAACCACAACCAUACCGAAGUCGAUUCCUCGAUAAUUGGUUCCGCCGCCGCUCCCCAAACCUCAUCAAGUUCUUCAAGUGCAUCAAAGCAGAGCCUGAAGAGAAAAGUCCAAGUCGAUUCAUCGGACCAGCUAUUUUCCCAACUUCGUGAUGCCAACUUCGCAAUCGUUGGUGGCAUCCUAAACAAGGUUGCAAGAAGGCUCGAAAGCGACUAUGAUAGUCGACAUGGGGCCAAGUCAACCUCGGAACUACGUGAAUUUGUCAAUAAGUUACCGGCAUACCAAGCAGAACAUAGUAGCUUGAAGAUUCAUACCAACCUUGCCGAGGAGAUUAUGCGUCACACUCGAUCGGAUGUAUUCCGUCGAACCCUGGGAGUGCAACAAAAUAUCGCCGCGGGGGCAGAAUCUACAUCUCAGUAUGAGGUUAUCGAGGAGCUCAUCGCCCGUGAUAUUCCAAUCACCACUAUCCUAAGGCUGCUGUGUAUCGAUUCAUGUAUCAAUGGCGGCCUUCGACCGCGGGACUUGGAGAACUUCAAAAAACAAAUACUCCAAGCAUAUGGCUACCAGCAUCUUCUAACUCUUAGCAACCUAGAAAAGAUGGAACUCCUACAACCCCGAGUUCCAGCAACAGGGAUCUUACUUCCUGGUGGCUCAAGCAGCGCUACUGGCACAAAGACGAAUUACAAUUCACUUCGCAAGUCCCUUCGUUUGAUAGUGGACGAAGUGGAUGAGCAGAACCCAAAUGACAUAUCUUAUGUUUACAGCGGGUAUGCCCCCUUGAGUGUUCGACUUGUUCAGUGUGUGCUACAGAAGCCGUAUGUUCAGUUGCUCGUCAAAGGGAACCCUUCGCCACAAGCAGCUGCAGCAGCCUCCAAUGCAGCAUCUACAACUCCAGGAUGGCUGGGAUUCGAGGAUGUUGUUAAGAAUGCCCGCGGCUCGACUUUCAACAUAGUCCCAAAGGGAGAUGAAAAGGCAGCGCGAGCUCGGCAGACCCUAACAGGCUCUGGAGGAAUUAAAACAGUAUUCGUUUUCUUCCUAGGUGGUAUCACAUUCACCGAAAUCACUGCAUUGAGAUUUAUUGCCCAACAGGAAUCUGGGCGUCGGAAUAUUGUCAUAUGUACCACAGGGGUUAUGAACGGGGAUAGGAUGAUCAAUUCGGGGAUGGAGCGAGGUAAUUUUGCAAAGUCUGCUGGAUAG